CCUUCACCUCUCCCCCCACGGCGUUCACAGCCCGCCGCAUGUCCAGAGUGUUACCGACACCGAGUCCUUGAGCAUCCUGUUCCCUGGCUCGUCUCGCUGCGUCCUGUCGAGCCAGCCCUGGGACUGUCAGCCUGCUGAUGCCACCGAAGAAACGCAACGCUCAGCACGACAGAAAGCAUGAGAAUGGUCUGGCCGCCCCUGGAAAGCGCAUACAGAAGCAAAAGUCCAAUCCCCAGCUCAACGGACACGCCAAUGGAAGCCCCCAGCCGCCCACGCCCCCGCUGCCGCCAGAUGUGACCCAGCAUAUGACGUUGCCGGCCACGUCCAACGGUGAUGCCUAUGGACCAUCGCCAGACAACACCAUGGCCCAGCAGCCGCCCACGCGACCUGACGGACGGGUGCGCGCCGUGUCCGACCUGUCCCUUGAUGGCCUCGAGGCCGGCCGCUUCGACAACGCCAACGGCUCCGCCGACCACCCGCCGACCCCCCUUCGGAUGGAGCCCAAGCACGCGGCUUCAUAUAAUGUCAACAUGCUCACCGUGGCCACCACCAUUCUCUCGUCCUGUCCUCUGCGCGACGUUCUCGCUAUCCUCAUAAUCCUGCUCCAGCUCCCCCCGACCGUCCUCACCAUCGUCCACUUCCUCUUCGCGACCCUCACCUUCGUCCCUCCGCAAACAGGGACCUCUCUCUCCGCCCUCUCGGCGCUCCCUUCCCUCACCGACAUAUUCCAGGGCUCCGGCGGGACGCCCUCCCUGUUCACCAUCAUCUUCGCCGAUGUUUUCAUCCUCAUACUAUGGCUCUUGAUGUGGGUCCCUGUACAGAAUUUCUUUCUGGACCUCGCACAAGCUGUCAUUGCCAUAUCGCUCGGAGGGGCUGCCGCUGGGAAAGGUGGCACGACGAACAGCAUAUUUUUGUGCAUCGUCAUCAUUCUUUCCUCGCAUCUCUUCCGAUUCAGGCCUCUCCGGCAACACAUUGUCCAAUUCUUGUGGGCCGGGCUCUCCCGGGGAGGCCUUGAUUUUCUACUGAGUCCGCCAAGUACACCAACAUAUUCAGAUUCUUUCACCAUGCCUCAUGGGUGGCCUCGCAGUUUGCUUGGCAUUCACAUACUAACACAAGGCGUCGUUCGCCUCAUUCGCCGCUCUCUCUCUCGGCGAGAGUCAUCUCAAUCAAUGCCAACAGUCAAAAGGACAGAUCCUGAGGCUGCGGUUCCUACCUUAACACCUCGUACCAAUUCCAGUCUGCUGGAGUCUGGCCCCGACGUGGCCAGCAGCUCCAGUACCGACGGACGCCCACCUGGGCCUUCUCCCGCAGGCCGCGACUAUAAAGAAAAGGCUACUAGCGGUAAAAAGAAAAGGAAGCAAGCGACCCAUGUCCGGAGUCAGCAACCAUUCUGGGCCGCUCUUGCGAGUACAAAAGUCACUGUUUUGAAAGAGAUGGAGCAAAGCCAGGCGGCGAAUGACGCGGGCGAAGCUAACGCAAAAGAUACACAUCACAUUGGAAAUGCUGUUUGGAGAGCGGAGGACGAUCGGGUUUGGAUCGCCAACGUCGGGCCUACCGAUGUAUAUUUCCUGGUCAGCUUGUACCGGAUGGGGGACUCGAAUUGUUAUACGGGAGAGGGAAAUAGGAGGAAUUCCGGGCCGGGUAUUGACAAGACAAAGCCGUUCUAUCUGCGUGUCAACGGAGCGGAUUGGAGUUCCGCGCGAAUUGAGAAAACCAAUCCGGAGGGAUAUCUGGGAGAGGAGGGAACGGACAUGUGGUCUGGAGAGAUCUUUGGUUUGACUGCUUUGUCGAAUUACUCUUGCGAAUUCGUACGGACAGCCGACGAGGAGGUCUUUUAUUCUGCGAGUCUUAUUACCUCUGCCGCCCCCAGCGCAGAAACAGCGUCAGCUUCCCUGGUCACUCCCACCCACCAAACCUUACGACCUUCCUCGCCUACUACGACCCUCAAGAACUCCAUAGCCGCUGCGGACCAGAAACUUCAAGAACAACGGAAUCGACUCAAGCGCAAUCGCAAAGACCAUAAGUCUGCAAUCACCAAUAUCAAGAAAGAGGUGGAGACCCUGAGCAAUCGCUUGUCUACCGCUGGUGGCAGUGACGACCGCCAACGUCAACGUGCUCUCCAGUUUAGCCAGAAUAUUCGCCAGGCCGAUGACGCUGCUGCUGACUUCGCCCUCCAGAUAGACUCUUUGGGUGAGAUUCCCGAGGACGAAUUGGAGGAGUCAGUGGCAAUGAAGCGCGCUUGGCAGAAGGAGCGCAGCCAUAGGAAUGCCGUCACCAGUAAUUUCGACCAAGCUAAAGCCGAGGCGGACCGUCAGCUCGCAAGCGUCCAGUCUGACAUCAGCUCAACCAUCCAGAAGCGGGAACGUCUUCAACUGAGACAGGCUAGACUCAACGAGCAGUACGAGCGUCUGGUUGCAAGCAACGCCGAGGGCCUCCAUGCCAAAACCAAGAAGCAGCAGGAUCGUUUAGCCGAACUCAACAAUCGAGCGUCUCUCGAGAACCAGUACGCUAGCAACAUCAAUGGAUACGAACGUCGUGCGUCGGAGAACCACCGCCACACGUCUCAAAUCCAUCACACGAUCCAUCACCUCGAGGCAAUGCUCGCGCAGGCACAGAUGUCGGUUCCCACAACCCCUGAAGGCGCGCUCCCUGGUACCAAUGGCAUGAACGGCGUUCCAAUGACUUUCCCGGCGUUCCAGUUCCCGCUCGGCUCGCAUCCCAACGGUACACCUGGCUCUAUGCGAGGCGGUCGCGGCCGCUCAUCCUCCAUGCUCUCUAACAUCAGCGGCUUUACCGACGGCUUUGAAGACCCGGCCUCGCCCUCUGUUGCUGUCCUCUCCAACCCUUUUGCGUUCGCGAACCAUCUCAACGGUCGCAAAGACAGCAACGGCAGUGGGUCGGGGAGUGGCAGUAGCAGCCAGAGCUCUAGUCCGCGCGAUCCGAUGAGUCCGAUGCCAAAGCGUCUCGCGAGUCCUGGCAGUGGAAGGAGUUCGACACCGCUCAGUCCGGUUGGUGGGAGGUAG